AUGCAAGAUCCACAACAUCAAUCCAACCCUAACCCUAAAUUCAUCUCCAUCAACAACGCCAGCUCCAACAAUCCCAACCCCAAAUCCAACCCAAUCCCUCUCCCCAGAAGCAUUGGCAUUUCCAACAAUGCCAAUGCUUCUGGAGUAGCUGCCACGUCAUCGUCUUCUUCCUCGCUCACAUCGUUGAGUUUGACAAUGCUGGGCAAUUCCAACGCCCCUCGACCUUUCAUCCGAGAAGAAGCUGCCGCAGCAGCAGCAGCAGCAGCAGCAGCGGAAGGUGGACCCCACCAUCACAAUAGCCACAGGAGGGCCCACUCGGAGGUGAGCUUCCGGUUGCCGGAGGACAUGAUGGAUCUGUCCGCGCCGGAUCAGUCCAAGGCCGGAUCGUCUACGGCGAGUCUCGAGGAGAUGGGAUCGGAGGAGGACCUCUUCUCCACGUACAUUGACCUCGACAAACUCGGUGGGUGCAAUUGCUCGGAUCAGAGCGGUGGUGGUAAUAAUGGGCCCAGUGGUGGGCCUGAUGAUGGGUCUGGUAGGCCCAAUGUAAAUGAUGGUGGUGGUGAGGGAGAAGAGAAGAGAUCGUCCAGGCACAGGCAUAGCUGCUCGGUGGAUGGGUCGUCCACGUCAACCGGUGUGUUUGGGGAGGUCAUGGAGGCCAAGAAGGCCAUGCCUCCUGAUAAGCUCGCUGAGCUCUGGAACCUUGAUCCCAAACGCGCCAAAAGGAUACUGGCGAAUAGGCAGUCUGCUGCUCGCUCAAAAGAAAGGAAGGCUCGCUAUAUACAAGAACUUGAACGCAAAGUUCAGACCCUUCAAACAGAAGCCACCACUCUCUCUGCCCAACUCACAUUAUUCCAGAGGGAUACAACAGGUCUGAGUACUGAAAACACAGAGCUUAAGCUUCGGUUACAAGCUAUGGAGCAACAAGCUCAGUUGCGUGAUGCACUAAAUGAAGCACUGAAGAAGGAGGUCGAGAGGCUCAAGAUUGCCACAGGGGAGAUGAUGAGUCCUUCUGACUCAUUCAAUUUGGGAAUGCACCAGAUGCCAUACAACCAUCCCUCAGCUUAUUUUCCACUUCAACAACAACCUGGACCUGCUGGUCACCAGAACAUGCAGAUGCCACAAUUCAAUCAUUCCCAGUCUAAUAUGCCAACCCAUCAUCUGCAUCAAUCAAAUUCUCAUACUUUUUCAGAUAUUAUGCAGAACGGACCUGUUGGUCAGUUACAGGGGCUUGACAUCGGUACCAAAGGAGCACCUCUCGUGAAGUCGGAAGGCCCCUCGCUUUCUGCAAGUGAAAGUAGUACCACUUUUUGA